AUGAAGAAAGCGAUGCUCUGCGCUGGAGUCAUCUCUGCCGUCACAGUUGCGAAUACCAACAACGGUGUUUCAGCGGCGACAGCGAGUUCUUUGUCUUUAAAACAUAACGUGAAACAAAACCAAGGAGGAGGAAAAGAAAGAGUUUUAUCAGGGAAGAAAAAUGAGGCCGCGCAUUCCUCCGGGGAUCUGCAGAAGCAAAAAUCAUCCUCCUCGGAAGGAGAUGAUGUCGCCUCGUUAUCGUUCGGUGGUGGGAAAAAACGCGCGCAACAACAACAACAACAGCAACAACACUUCGAGCAGCAGCAGUUACAGCAUCGGGAAGGAAUGAAUACUCAUUUGGAGACGAAGAAAGCGCCGUUACCUUCCUCAUUCGUUGUUGAAAAUCACGAUUUUGAUGGCAGAAAUGGUGUUGGAGAAAAAGCUGAGGAGGAAGAAGAAGAUUCAAAAAAUGGCGCUUCGGCGGAAAAAACGCGAAUCGGCGAACGACAACAACAACUCGCGGGAGUCGAUGAAAACGAACACAAACACAAACAAAACUUCGUGGAAUUCAUGAGAGCGCACGACAAGAACUACUGUCCGGAAAACAAACCUUCGGAGAUUGAGAAACCGUGCUCGGAAUCAAUCAAGAGAGAGAAGAUCUUCGAGACGAACUUGUUGAAAAUGAACCAACACAACGCGAAGAGCGGGAAAGCGUUUGGGAUGCGAGUGACGGAAUUCGCGGAUUUGACGCAAGAAGAGUUCAUCGCGAAACAUUUGACGUAUAAGAGUUGGAAGAAAGAGCAGAUGGAGAUUGCUGCGAACAGAGCUGGGAGACAACCGGACGAUCCGAAGGUUGAGAUUCCAGCCGAGGCUGAAAAGUCGUUCGAGAAGGCAUUCGGGAAGUUGGAGAAAGCGGUCGAGGAUGAAAGCGUCAAUGCGCCAACUUUGGAAUCGAAACAAUCUUUAGUCGUUGAAGAAGCCGAGAAGCAAAAUGCGAACAAGGAUAACAAUAACGACAACAACGACAACAAUCAACAACAACCGAAUCAACAACAACAACAGCAAAAUCAAGACGCGAGAAAAGAUGCUGCAGUGAAGCAAAACAACAACAACAACAAAGAUGCGAACCGAAUAAUCAACGAGGCUAAGGAAGGGCAUCAUGAAUCGCACGCCUCCUCCGAUGAUGACAAUUCGUACGAAAACAUCAUAGGUGAGAUGUUCACGAGCGACGAGGACGUAGACUCGUCCUCCUCGAGCGUCGGCGACGAUGAAUAUUCUUCUUCCACCUCUCUUCCGAACGAUCGCGCCUCUUUACUCGGUGUGGAUAACUACCCGGAGGAAUUUUCGUGGACCGACCCGCCAGAAGGAUGGCCGAGAGACUUGGUUGGCGAAGUUCACGAUCAACGAGACACGUGCGCUUCGUGCUGGGCGUUCGUCUCCGCCGACUCCAUCGCGGCUCGCGCCGCGGUCAUGACCAAAGACGACAUCGUCAUUUUGUCCGUCAAACAGUUGAUGAACUGCGACUCCAGAGAUCACGGGUGUAAUACCGGGAACAUGUACACGGCGUAUAUGUACGUGGACGAGAGCGGCGGGAUUGCGUCGAAAGAUAAAUAUGAUUCCGUUUUGUCCUCUUCUGGUCUCUCGUUCACCGAGGAAGACCAAGACGAGAUGCAGUGCAUGGAGAACGUGGAGAAGAAAUGGACGACACCGGGGAUGUGCGAUAUCGCGCAAACCGAAGGUAACGAUGCGUUGAUGAAAGCUAUCUACGAAAAAGGUCCAGUUGCGAUUGGUAUCAAUGCCAACAACUUACAAAUGUACGACGAGGGCGUGAUUAAGUUUGACGAUUGCGGCCCGGCCGGGAGAGGUAUCGCGUCCAUUAACCACGCCGCUUUGGUCGUCGGUUGGGGAAUCGACCAUAAGUACGGGGACACGCCGUACUGGCUGGUGAAGAACUCGUACGGGACGAGUUUUGGCGAGGAUGGAUACUUCAAAUUAGAGAGAGGACCUAAAGGCCCGGUAACGUUGAACGAAAACCAAUACGACGAGAAUGGAUUCUCCACGUGCGGUUUGCUCUUCGAAUCCGUCUACCCGGUUGUGAGACACGCGGACGACGACGGAGGCGCGGAACUCGGUAGCGACGAGACGUGCACGACUGGCUCGUAUUAUAAGAGAGAAUAUAGACGCGACCCGAGCAAGAACCCCGGCGUGGCGUCAACCUCCUCCGCGGCGUUGUCUUCGCAGCUCGGCGAAGCAAUCGCCAACGGGAAGGAAACCAUCACGGAAUUAGACAUGAUUAAAAUGUGGGACGAGCAAAUGCGAGACACUUUACCGUCUGGAAAAGAGUUCACGGGAGUUGCUCCCUUAGCUGGUGCCAUGGCGGCAACUUUAGCGGUUGUCGCUGGUAUCGCGCGAAAGGCGAGAAAAUUGUCCGCGGCGAACAAGUUUGUCGACCAAAACGCUGGCGAAUAUUCGCCGUUGUUGAUGAACAAAGCCGUCGUCUCCACCCAAUAA